AUGGCAUUGGCGAUUGGGCUGCUGGAGUGCAAGAUUAAGGGGUUCCUGGACCAGCCGUACUCCUGGGAGAAGUUAGCUGACAUCCCCAAGGUUUUCUGGUUCUACCGCAACCCAGUCUCAGAAUACAUCUCCGAGCACUGGCAGGAAGAUUCUUUCUUCAGGUACCAGUUCCUGAAUGGGAUCAACCCGGUGGUGAUCUGGAAGUGCACAGUGCUCCCAGAGAACUUCCCCGUGAUGGAGGAGAUGGUGGCCGGCUCCCUGGGGGAGGGCACCAACCUGCGGGAAGAGCUCAAGAAAGGGAACAUCUUCCUGAUGGAUUACAAGAUCCUGGAGAGGAUUCCCACCACACAGCUGAACGGGGAACAGUAGUACCUGGCUGCACCACUCUGCCUGCUGUACCUGACACCUGGUGGGCAGGUCAUCCCCUUGGCCAUCCAGCUCAACCAGCACCCGGGCCCCGACAGCCCCAUCUUCCUGCCCAGUGACUCCGAAUGGAACUGGACCCUGGCCAAGAUCUGGGUGCACCUGGCCAACUUCCGUGUCCAUGAGGUCAACACCCACCUGCUGGAGGCACAUUUCCUCUGCGAGGUCUAUUGCAUGGCCACACUGCGCCAGCUGCCCAUGUGCCAUCCUGUCUACAAGCUCCUGAUCCCCCACACCGGCUACACCCUGCACAUCAACAUCCUGGCUAGAACCAACCUCAUCCAGCCGGGAGGGGGCUUCGACAAGGCCUCCUCGACAGGUCGAGACAGGAUGCUGAAGCUGCUGGCCAAGAGUGUGGAGAAUGUGAGCUAUGAUGUGCUCUGUCUGCCGGACAACCUGGAAGCUCGUGGUGUCAGUUCGCUCCCCAAUUACUACUACCGGGAUGAUGGCAUGAGGAUCUGGACAGUGGUGGAGAGUUUUGUCUCUGGCAUCAUUGGGCUGUACUACCAGAGCAAUGACACUGUCGAGAAGGACUCCGAGCUGCAGGCCUGGGUGGCAGAGAUCUUCACCAAAAGGUUUAUGGGCAGGAAGUCAUCCGGUGUCCCCUCCAUAUUGCAGACCAGAGCUGAGCUUAUCAAGUUCCUCACCAUGAUCAUCUACUGCAGCUCGGCCCGGCAUGCCGCUGUCAACAGCGGGCAGUAUGACCUUGGUGCCUGGAUGCCCAACUUCCCGUCCUCCAUGAGGAACCCCCCGCCCCAGGCCAAGGGCACCACCUCCCUGGAGAGCUACCUAGACACCAUCCCGGAGGUCAACAGCACCAGCCUCGCUAUCUUCACUCUCUGGGUCAUCUGCUGCGAGCCGGGAGAUUCGAGAUCCCUGGGCACAUAUCCCAAUGAGCACUUCGUGGAGGAGGAGCCCAAGCGGCUGAUCGCAGCCUUCCAGGGGCACCUGGCCCAGAUCUCCCAGGAGAUCCAAGAGAGGAACAAAUCACUCCCCAUUCCCUACCGCUACCUGGAUCCCCACCAAAUCGAGAACAACACGUCCAUCUGA